UGCCUUUAAAAUGCUAUUGGAAACUCAUUCCUGCCAGUUGCAUUACUUGCAUUGCGUUUUGCAUGGCAUGUUCUACUCCAUUCAACUCCUGCACUUCCAAAGAAAAAUUACCGACGCGACGCGGCGACGCUUCUUUCCUCCCCUCUCCCUGUUUUGUCAAUGUCAUUGUAAAGUCAUUUGAUAAUUCGACAUUGCAACGUAUUUUGGUUUUGAAUUUGUGUUGUGAUUGAAAGUUGCAUUUUUUCGUUUCUUUCUUUCAUUAUUUCGUCUCUGAUCAUUUGAAUUUCAUAUGAAAUGCCAUGACUGACGUCGAAGAAAUCAUUGACUACAUAAAGUCUCUUAAAAAAGGCUUCGACAAGGAAUUAUUCCAGUGUAAGAUCGAUGAACUGGCCUAUGUAGUUGAUACCACUGGGUUGGAUUACGAUGACUUCCACACUCUGUUCAGACUGUGGCUUAACUUGUCUAUACCAAUAACAAAAUGGGUGGGUUUAGGCGCUUGUUUGGUGCCGCCAGAUAUAGUGGAGGAGCGCACGGUGGAAUAUGCAUUCCGGUGGUUGCUUGCCAACAAUGGGAACCAGACAAGUUUUUCAAGAGUAGGUUUCGUUCUUGAUUGGUUGACAGCUGCAAUGGACAGUGAAUGUGUUGACAUGCCUGCAUUAGAUUCAGGAUAUGAAUUGUUCUAUACCAUGCUCACUUAUGAAGUUUUGACUGUUCAUGCUAUGAAACUGGUGUACACUUUGACUAAACCUGUUGAUGUCACUAGAUUGAGAGUGCUUGAGCUCCUUGAUUAUGCUAAAAAGAGGGAGUCCAAAAAGAAUCUACUCAGACAACUGCAAGUCUUAUUGGGCUUGUUCAAAUCUUACAAGCCGGAGUGUGUGCCCGAGGAUGUGCCUGCCAUUUCCAUUCACACUGCUUUCAAAAAGAUCAAUUUGAAUCUGCUUGCUAGAUUCAAGAGAAAUCAGGAAAAAAGAAAUCACUUUACCAAAGAAAUACAUCAUUUAUCAUGGAUUAAUCCAUUGAAUUCUGAUCGAGGCAGAAACAAGAAAGCUGAACCAUUAGUGCCUAAUAUGGAGUUCCCCAAUCUAGGCUCCAGGCAGUAUGCAGACAAAGAACCACAGAAGAACUACCUUGACUUCUCAGAGCCGGUGUCGCUGCUGCAGUACAGCGUGCAGCGCCCGCUGUCGCGGCCGGCGCGGCUGCGCGCGCUGCUGCUGGCGCCCGCCGGCCUCGCGCUGCUGGCGCUGGCGCCCGACGCCGACCACGCCUUCCUCUCUCACGACCUUCAGCAUUUACUCACCACCUGUUUCCUGGACGGCUCCCCUCACAGCUACGCAGAGAAGCAAGACCUGUUGCGUCGCCUGUCCACACUCCAGCACACUCUCCUCCAAGGGUUGCCCGUCAUCACUCGCUUCUUAGCUCAGUAUCUACCGCUUUGGAACGAAAAAGACUACUUUUCUGAGAUAUUGGAUCUAGCGGUAUGGCUGAGCGUGGAGAGUCCAGAACAAAUCUCGUGUAUUGUGACGUCACUGUCUCGUAUCUACCACCGAGCGCAGCCGAUGGAGCAGUGUGCUAUUUUAUCUGCACUUACCAACAUGUACUCCAAUAUGGCAUAUGCUAGCGUGAGGAGUCGCCAACAUUUCAUGAGCAUGAAGCAGUCAGAAGAGAACUAUGGUCUCGUGCUGCCCAGCGUGGCUGGCAGCGUCAGCGAACUCUGUAACAAGGCGUUACAAGUCAGUCCCGAUGACAUGCGCGUAGUGUACACGACGUCAAGGACAGCGGAGCGGAUGGCGAUGUCGGAAGUGAUCAACAGUGUCGGCGUGGGCGCGCUGCCGCGGCUGCUGCCGCUGGCGGCGCCGCUGCUGGCGCCCUCCGCCGCGCUGAUCGACAAGGCGGCCGCGCUCAUGAUGCUGUACAAGAAAAUCUUCACAAUAAUGAAGUCGUCAAACAAGAUCCGCAAAGACGAACAGUACGUCGAACAGAUUCAGACUCUAAAGAGUUACACUUGCGACCUAAUCAGUUGUCUCUACAGCGAGGAAGCGCUGAGCAGUCGGCAGAACGGUCUUAUAUUUACGAAGCUACCCCCACUCCUCGUCGACAAACUCAGCAGUAUGUUACCUGAUGCGGACGCAAAGUUCAGCAUUCGGAAUCACAUCGCCUUCGCGCCGUACACAUACAUGCAACUUCAAGCGAUAGAUCACAGGGACGCCGACAAUAAAUUGUGGUUCGAUGCAGUAGUGGAGCAGGAGUUUGCGAACUUAGCGGUGUUUUUGAAGAAAGCGGUGCCUGAGUUGCGAUAAUUUUCUAUUUUAUUUAUCGCUAUAAAUAAUGUGCUUUUGUUAGAUUUUUUUGAGGUAAAAUAAUCUGGCGGCGCCAUUCUUGAUGUGUCAAGAUGGUAAUUAUUAUAUUUUCAAUGUGAAAAAUUUGAAUUCGGAAUUUUUUUGAAAAUUUUGUUUUGAUAUUAACAAAUGGAUCGUUGAUCGUAGAUUAGAAUUUUUAAUUAAUUGAAAAGGAAUAACAGAUGGCCAAAUUGUUUUCAAGAGCUGAGAACAAUUUCAUGCGGGUCCACUUACAAUUCAUGCACCUUUUGUAACUGUGGCUUUUCCAUUAUUGGAAUACAUAUUGCGUCCUUAUUUGGUGCAGUGCUUUGUGGAACAAAAGAUAUAAAGGUCUUUUAACGAAACAAGAAGUACAAAACUUAAAGUAAUAUUACGAGUAUUCAAAGCCAAAUACCAACGUUUAUUUCCCGUGUGAAGGAACACUUUCAAAAAAACAAAUGAGUGAUUUGAAAGUGCCUGAGUAUUUCUAAGAAUAGAUUAACGAUUACUUAUGUUAUAUUUUUCGAUAAAUAGGUGUUACAAAAGUUACGAUUUCUUUGAGUUUGAUACACACUAUCGGUGAACUCCACAGAUAUAUAGUAACAUAUAUUGUGGUGAACUCAGACAAAUGACGACCGAAUAUACAUUACGUAGUUUGUACUCUUUUUACCAGCAAUGUACGUCGAAACCGCUAUAGAUCGACGAACUGUUUGCUAACAUUUGAUUUCGGCAAUAGUGGGUGGCCGGCAUGAUGUUUUGUAAUCUCGACUGAAGCAUUUAAUUUUACAGUUAGAUCCAAGUACUCGUUGAUAGCGUAAGAUGGCGCUUAGUAAAAUUAAUAUAAGUAGUUCAUAAUGCCGUCUACACACUAUCAAUGAAUUCAGACAGGUGCCGACGCGAAUGGACGAAUAUAUCGUAGGUUGUAUGAGAGCAUUUAUUUACUGCAAGGAAAAACGAGAAAUAUCAACUCCGCCAAAGUUGGACAAACUGUUUCUGUGUAUAGCAGGCAUAAUCCUGAUGCUGACGUGAAUGCAUGAACAUUGCGUAGUUCUUAUGGGUGCUUUUCUUUGUCACAAUGAAAAAUGUAUGCAUGCAUACAUUCUGCAGAAUUCCCUAAGUUCGGCGAACUUGUCCGCGAUAGUGUAGAGCCGGCAUAAUAUAAACUGGUAUGAUUAAAAGUACAAACCAUAAACUAUAUCUUUGGAAAAUCCUACAUGUCUCUAUUAACUUUUUCUAAAUAUAAUUGAGUACCAGACAUUUAAAAUUAUUGAGUACCAAUAUUUUAAAUAUUGCUAAUUUUAAUGGUAAUUACAUAUUUUUUAGUUUAUCUUUUACUAUUUAAGUUAUUAUAAGACAAAUCAUGAAUAGGUACAUUUAAUCUUAAUUGUUUUGUCGAACAUUUGAUUAUUCUGCCAUUUAUAUCAAUAAACUGAAUGAAAGUUAUUCUGCA